AUGCGGGGACGGGAGGUGGGUGAAUGGGAACUGACUUCUCGGGGAAACACGCAUCGCUGCAACGACUUCCGCUGGUCGUGUUCGUGCCUCUUCGACAGCAGCUACAGCUUGCCGUGCCAGCAUCUGAUGUACAUUGCGCAGUAUGUGCAUAAGUUUGAGAAGCUGCCGGCCUCCAGCGUACCUCCACGAUGGGAUGCUGUGGUGAUGGCUGGAUUGGAGGAGGAAUUUUAUCGCGGCAUGGAAUCGCUUCGGAGCGUACAGCGCGCGGUGAAAGCAGCUUGGGAUACGUGGUGUGCUGUGUAUCGCUCAGGCGUACGCCAUUUUGAAGGAUAG